UGUAGCUCAGUUGUGAGGUCAUAGGCCAGCAGGGUCAUCAGUUAGUAAUGAGAGUGAGUUCAAACGCCUUAAACUCAUCAUGGCUACUGGUCUUGGCGAGUUUCUCCGCAUUUUAAGAGGAGGCCUUGAGAAAGGUGAACAAAAUUCACCUGCACGUGGAGAUACUCAGGUUGAAGAAUUUGUUCGUGCGAGAAGGCGGAGAGAUCAUGACACCUCCAUGGCGACGCCUUGCAGGUUGCAACGUGAACCGUGUAAAACUCGGCCUGUGUUUGAACUGUGCGCAAAGGGCAGCCAUGGAAAUUAUAUGGAGAGAUUGCCUUCUGAGAUCAUCUUGAAGAUCCUUUCCUUUCUGGAUGCCUCCUCUCUGUUCAACAUCAGCUUUGUCAACAAGCGGUUUCAUGAUCUGGCUAACAGCAAUGCUCUGUGGUCUGUGUUGUAUGCUUCUGAGAUUGAAAAGAAAGUGUGGAGACCCCAAGUAAGCAUGAUUAAAGAAGUCGUGAGCAGCACAAUUGUGGAGGAGAAGCCUGCUGGAUACUGGAAGAAGCUGCUGCUCAAGGAGAUGGCUGGCUACAAGGACACCCUGUGGAAAACAGAGCUAAAACACAAGAACCCGCACACAGGCAUGCCAACUCUGACGGAGCAUGUUCUCAGGAGGUUACACAUUCAGUGGGAGAUCACACUCACAAAUAGGCAUGGACGGGAAAGUGUCUAUAAGCAGACGCACACUUUCUUCGAAGAUUCAUCGGUUACAGUGUGCUGGAGCCAAAGUUUCUGGCCGUUCAUGUUCACUCUUAAUAGCCUGCAGCUUCAUGGAAUAAUGUGUCCAGCUUCACCAGCUCCAGGAGACAAGCCAAGGUGGCGCUCUCUGAUUCGCAAGACAGCUUUGCAAAGAACAGGACAUUGGUCAUUCUUUGGCGCUGACAGGCUUGUGAAGGUGCUGCAGUUUGAUAAAGGGGUCAUCAUCGGACUCUGGCGGGGCAAUUGGAGAAUUGCCUUCAUCAUGAUCAACCUGCACUUCCACAAACUGAUUGAAAGAAGUCUUCUCGGUUCAAGAUUUUGUCCCUACAUACCUGCAGAUGACAGUGCUGUGGACCCUGACUGUAGCCGCCAUGGAUACACUCUGCACAUUGUGCUUCACAAUCCAGUUCGGCGAAUCAUGUGUCAGCGUUUUUCCCCACUGUACACCCGCAGAGUGAUGUCACAAGGGGAAUUUGUGCAGUUAAUCGCCAUUGAUUUCGCUAAUGUAUCCGAACACGUGCCUGUGGCGAAGAUCAGUCUUCCAUGGCAAGCAGAGGGAUUGCAGGGAGAAGUUGAGCGUUGCUGCAUGAUGACUCUGACGGUGCUGGAUGAAGCUCAGCGUCCCUUCUGGUGUGUGAGUUCUACUGUAAAAAUGUACAGAAGACAAAGAGUGCUGGACUUGGAGCAUGUAGGUGAGCAGUUCAUCGUCCUUUACGAGGAUGCCGAGGGGAAGGUCAAAAUGACCUUUGUGUUGAUGGAGGAGUUUCAGCACUACCUUUUGGUGCAGUUAGUUACUAUGUUCCCAGCAGCCAAAGUGAAAAGGCACUUUAGGGGAGAAUGUUGAAACUGUUGCAAUCCCUAGCUGGUUAAUGUUUAGAAAAGUUGAAAUGAUUCUGGCAGUGCUUUGAGUUGUAUGUAUUCGAAGAUGUAUUCUUGUUCAUGUAAAUUUGCUUUUUGGCAGUUUGUUAACGUAGAUGUCUGAAAUGUUUUGUCGAGUUUCAGAGGCAUUGAGGUUUUGCUUUUUUUAUGUUUUGUUUUUCUGGAAAUGCCAAAGCACUAGGCCUAUUUUUUUUUUUUAUUUCAGUACUAAUUUAAAUUUGGUAAAUGUUGUUAAAGUUUAUUUUUGGCAUUAUGUUUCUCAUAUUUAGUCAAAGAAUUUUCAAAAGGAGAAUAAAUAACACAGUGGUUUGAA